AUGUCGUCGGCGCGAAGGGCCCCCGCCUCGUCGAGCAACUGGUCUCGUACGGCGACUUGCGCGCGCGCACUUUUUGCACGCGCCCGUAACACGAUCGGUCCAUCUCGUAAUUUCAGCGUUUUUUCUCUCCCCCCCCCCCCCCCCCCCCCCCCCCCCCCACACGGCGAUCCCGUCCCGGCCUUAUUAAGCCGCCGAUCGAUUCCCCGAUUGCGCCGCAGCGGAAUGAUUUACGCGCUGCGCAACGCAUGCAUGCGACGGGCGCGCCGGAUCUCCUACCGCGGUCGCCGGUUCGAACCCCGGACGAUGCAGUCCGUGGUAUCGAAGCAUAAAUGCCUGGACUGU